AUGUUCUCCCUUCAAAGUGUGCUCCGCGCCCCCGGUGCUCUCCGCCAACUCCUCCCUCCGUCUCUCGCCGGUCAUUCUCUCGCGUCGCUUCUCUCGAACGGCCUAGUGAGGCUCCGCGCUCAAUCACAGACCAGCAAUGCUGUCGCCGCUGCUGUUGGCUCCUCCCGGCAGCUUGAGCAGGUCCGGGGAAUGAAGACUCGAUCCUCUGUCAAGCGACUUUGUGAUGGUUGCAAGCCUGUGCGCCGAAAGAACCGUGUCUAUAUCAUCUGCUCCAAAAACCCCAAGCACAAGCAGCGCCAAGGGAAAUAG